AUGAGGACGGCGUUGUCGCUUCUCUCCUUCCUCGCCGUCUCAGUGCUUAUCCUCGCCCCCAUGGCGAUGGCGGACGGCUACAGCCAGCCGCAAGACUACCAGCCGCCGGCCUACAGGAAGCCCGCGGACGGCCUUGCCGCCGGAUACUACGGCGAGUCGUGCCCCGACAUGGAGGGCAUCGUCCAGAGGGCCGUCAAGAAGGCCUUCGCCGCAGACUACACCAUCGCCGCGGGCCUCAUCCGCCUCUUCUUCCACGACUUUGCCGUCGGGGGGUGCGACGCGUCGAUCCUGAUAGACGCGCCGGGGAGCGAGAAGUACGCCGCGGCGAGCAAGACGCUCCGGGGCUUCGAGCUCAUCGAGGCCAUCAAGACGGAGCUGGAGGCCAAGUGCCCCAAGACCGUCUCCUGCGCCGACAUCCUCACCGCCGCCACCCGCGACGCCAGCAGGGAGGUGGGAGUGAGCUACUGGCCGCUCGUGUACGGCCGCAAGGACGGCCGCCAGUCCCGCAAAGAGGCCGCCGACAAGUACGUGCCCAUGGGCCGCGAGAGCGUCACAGACCUCGUCGCCUUCUUCGAGUCCAUGGGCCUAAACGUCCGCGACCUCGUCGUCCUCUCCGGCGCGCACACCAUCGGCAAGGCCAGCUGUGCCGCCGUGAAGCCGCGUCUGUGCAAGAGCAAGCCGGAGACGCUGGACGGCAAGUACGGCGACUUCCUGAGGCGCAAGUGCCGCCGCGGCGACGCGGAGCACGAGCGAGUGGAGCUUGACGGCGUCAGGCCCACGGCGUUCGAUAACGGCUACUACAAGAACCUGGAGCGCAGGAUGGGACUCCUGGAGACGGACCAGAAGAUGCUCCAUGACUCCCGGACCAGGAGCUUCGUCCAGGAAAUGGCCCGAGAGCCCGAGGAAUUCAAGCGCCAAUUCGCCGAGUCCAUGCGCUGGCUCGGCAACGUGCAGGUCCUCACCGGCAGCGAGGGCGAGGUUCGAUCCAAGUGCUCCGCCGUCAACUACUGA